AUGUCUCUAGAUAAUGAUGCACUUCUUAAGAUACUAACCAAGUUAUCUCAGGGGCAAGACGAUCACACCCAAGCAAUGCACAACACGAACAUUAGGGUGGAUCAAUUGGAAAAGCAAAUUGGGCAAAUUGCAGAUUUUGUAGGGAAGUUUCGAGACCAAGGCCAACUUCCUAGUUCUACCAUUCCAAAUCCGAAGGAAGGGUUUGAAUCAGCCAAAGCGAUCACCCUACGAAGUGGCAAGGAGGUUGGGACAGGUCCUACACCAUCAAAAUCAGGUCACAAAGAGGAUGAAAAACUUCAAUUUGAGAAGGAGGAAUCAAGCCAACCCACGGCAAAGGUGGAAACACCUUUGCCGCAAGUGUCAAUGGCCCCUAAACCUUCAAAUCUGUCCAAUAAGGAGUUUGACAUCGAAAUCAAGGACAAGAAGGGGAGUGACAAUGUUGUUGCCGACCACCUAAGCAGGUUGGUGCGUGAAGAGAAGAUUCUUCCCAUCUCUGAAACGUUUCCGGAUGAACAACUCUUGUCCAUUCAGGCGAUUUGGCCUGACUAUCUUGACUUUAUUCUUGGUCGAUGGCUCUUGGAAGAUGGGUCUGCGUAUUCUUCGCUUUUGAAGCUUCUGGCAAGGUUUCGAGUGCUUUGGGAGAUCGAUUUGGUGAUGGAUAAUGUGAAGUUGAAAGAAGUAAAGCCGACCCAUGAUGCGUUGAGCUUGCUAAUUCGAGCUUAUGCGGCUCUUGACUUGUAUGAUUUUGUGGUUAAGGUGUAUGUUGUUGUUCCGAGUGUUUUCGCGUGUAAUUCGUUGUUAAUUGUUCUUGUGAAGAAUAGGAGGGUUGAUGUUGCAAACCGAGUGUAUGACAAAAUGGCUGAGAGAUGUGAUGGUGAGCAUUUGUGUAUGGAUAACUUUAGUACUUGUAUAAUGGUGAAGGGGUUGUGUAAGGUAGGAAGGUUGGGGAAGGUUGGGGAAGGUGAUGUUAAAGGUGCCAGUGAGAUUUUUAAAGAGUUGAAAUCAAAGGGGUUUUUGCCCAUGCUGGAAACUUUUGGAGCUAUGAUAAACGGGUAUUGUGAAGAAGGAAAGUUUAAAGCGAUUGAUCGGCUUUUAAUGUUAAUGAAGGAGAGAGGCUUGUACAUCAAUGUUCAAGUGCAUAAUAAUAUUGUUGAUGCUAGAUGUAAGCAUGAUAGCUUGGUUAAGGAAGUGGAGACAGUAACGAAGAUGAUUGAGAGUGGUUGUGAGCCAGAUAUUACAACCUUCCAUAUUUUGAUUCAUAAUUCAUGUACGGGUGGGAAGGUUCAGCAAGCCGAGCAAUUUAUAAACCAUGCGAUGGAGAGAGGGUUGGUGCCAAACGAGUUUAGUUAUACUCCUCUUUUUCAUGCGUAUUUCAGACAAAGGGAACAUAGUAGGGCCUUGGAUUUGUUUACUAGGAUGACAGAAAGAGGACAAAAACCUGAUUUGGUUUCUUAUGGAGCUCUCAUCCUUGGACUUCUUGUUUCUGGGGAAGUUGAUGUUGCAAUGACAGUUCGGGACAGAAUGAUGGAAAAUGGAGUAGUCCUUGAUUCUCGCAUUUACAAUGUUUUGAUGAGUGGCCUUUGCAAGAAGGGAAGGCUUCCUACUGCCAAGUUGCUGCUUGUCAGAUGCUUGACCAAAAUGUACCAACUGAUGCAUAUGUUUAUGCCACUCUGGUGGACGGGUUAA